AUGUCUACUGACAAGAUCACCUUUUUGACCAACUGGCACGCGACGCCCUACCAUGCCCCUCUGUACCUUGCCCACAGCAAGGGCUUCUUCAAGGAAGAGGGCCUAAAGGUUGCUCUUCUGGAGCCUAACGACCCCUCCGAUGUGACCGAGAUCAUCGGCAGCGGCAAGGUUGACAUGGGCUUCAAGGCUAUGAUUCAUACUCUUGCUGCUAAAGCUCGUAACUUCCCCGUCACCUCAAUUGGCUCUCUGCUCGACGAGCCUUUCACUGGUGUUGUCUAUCUCAAGGACAGCGGAAUCACCGGGGACUUUCGCUCCCUGAAGGGCAAGAGAAUCGGCUAUGUCGGAGAGUUUGGCAAGAUCCAAAUCGAUGAGCUCACCAAGUACUACGGCAUGACCGCCGACGACUACACUGCCGUCCGCUGCGGCAUGAACGUCACCAAGGCCAUCAUCCGCGGUGACAUUGACGCCGGCAUCGGCCUCGAGAAUGUGCAGAUGGUCGAGCUAGCCGAGUGGCUUGCCUCUCAGAACCGUCCCCGCGACGACGUCCAGAUGCUCCGCAUCGACCAACUCGCCGAGCUAGGCUGCUGCUGCUUCUGCUCCAUCCUCUACAUCGCCAACGACGCCUUCCUGGCCGCCAACCCCGAGAAGGUGCAGAAGUUCAUGCGCGCCGUCAAGCGUGCGACCGACUACGUCCUCGCGGAGCCCGCCAAGGCCUACGAGGAGUACAUCGACGUCAAGCCCAUCAUGGGAACCCCCGUGAACCGCAAGAUCUUCGAGCGCUCCUUUGCCUACUUCAGCCGUGAUCUGAAGAACGUCCAGCGUGACUGGGCCAAGGUCACCAAUUACGGAAAGCGCCUGGGCAUCCUCGACGCGGACUUUGAGCCCAACUACACCAACAAGUACCUCUCCUGGGACCUGGAUGAGGACUCCACCGACCCUCUUGGUGACCAGAAGCGCAUGGCUGAGCUGCAGAAGCAGGUUGCCGCUGAGGGCGGUUUCAAGCGCCUUCAGGUGGCUGCUACUGCUUAA